GGUGGACUAGUUUUGGAAAGAUGGGUGAUUGUGAAAUUGCUUGUUACAGGAAAAAUCGGGAAUUGCUAAUUAUGGAUUACAAAAGGGAAGCUAACAAUAGAUUAACGAAUCAAAAAUUUGGUUAGGAUAGAAGCCAGCCUUGAUCUGUCGUUAAGAGAAUUACGACCCUUGAAGUUAUCUUCCCAACCAGCUUCUUUGUGAUUUUUGAGAGAGAAAAACAACAAAUCUGAUUUUCAUGAAUUCCAAAACAAAGCUCCAAUGUCGGAGCUGCUUCCUCCUCCUCCCCCUCCUCCUCCUCCUCAUCAUCAUCAUCCUACAGGGAGGGGUUGUGGAUUCGGCGAUCCCGCUUUGUUUUUCCCUGAGUUUGCUGCUAAGCAACGCGGUCUCGAAAGAGUUAUAGAGGAAGAUGGAGAAGGGGAAGAUAGCAGCUAUGGCAAAGGCUCUUUUGAUCUGAGUUCCAGGUUCUCUAGUCCUUGUAUCUCUCGUAACGGGUUUGAUGAUGUUGAUCAUCCUAGAAAGCUGCCUCCUUCUGGAUUGAGGGAGGAGUCUUCUUCGUCUGGUUUCAGAGAGGAUGAUGAAGCCGACAGGAGUAGAAACUCUGGUUCCUUUGUGGAUCGUAUCGGUCAGGAGGAGGAGGACAAGAGGUUAUGCGCCUCUGGAUGUUUCAGAAAAUGCUGCGCUUGGACCUGCAUGUUUGUUUCCAUUGUCCUUGUCAUCGUCUUGUUGACAGGGUUGACUGUGAACUCUUCAAUCAAAUCUAAACUGCCUCAGGUGCUUGUCAUGAAUCUCAAGUUCUCGAGACUUGAUGUCGUUAAAUCAGCGACGGAUCUUCUGAUGAAUGCGAACUUGAACACGGUUCUUCAGCUCUCUAACCAAAACGACAAGACAGUGCUUUAUUACAGCCCCAUGAAAGCUGAUGUCUCUUCUGAGAACAUAAACCUUGGAAAGAAAACGCUUCAUGGAUUUAAGCAGGACCCUGGUAACGUUACCUCUUUGAAGAUCCCGACUAGACUGAGAAAGUCCAAGGUUUAUGAUGUUGAUGCUACGUUGCUGACAAACAAAGAGAAGAAUCUUGAAGCUGUGGUUGAUGUGUACUUGAGAGGGAAAUUGAGUUUUGAUUGGUUGGGAUUUAGUGUUCAUAUACCAAUUGUUAUUGCUUGCGAGGAAGUGAAGCAGAGUGAUGUGAUAAAUGGACUCAAGCCAACGUGUGAUGUUCGAAUCUUUUCCCAAUGAAAACAAUGAGAGUGAUUGAAAUAAAUAAUACACAAAAGACCCUCUGAUCUUUGUUUUUGUUUUGUUUUGUUUUGUUGUUGUUGGUAAUUUUCUUGUUGUAGAUUGGAAACAUAGAAAAAGAGAAGUGAUUCAACUCUUGUUUCUCUAAAACUAACAUAACAUCAAGAGAAGUUAUUUAACCUUUGGUUUAUGUUUCCUGAACCAUU